GACGCUUAGGUGCAGCUGCACCGUCCGCGUCUCUUCCCUCGCUGGGGAGGGAACUUUCAAACUUAGUUAGCAAGCCAGACGGGGGUGAAUCCGGCAGUAGGCGCGGGGGUCCGGGGCUGGCCGGAGCCCAGCGCGGCUUUUCGUCACUCGGAGCCCGGAUUGAACGGCGCGCGUGGGUUUCCCCGCGGCCCUGGCGCAGACGCGCGGGCUCCGUGGCGCUACGUGUUUGAUGGUGACAGUGCCUACGUGGGGAUGAGUGACGGGAACCCAGAGCUGCUAUCGACCAGCCAGACCUACAACAGCCAGAGUGAGAGCAACGAAGACUAUGAGAUCCCCCCGAUAACACCUCCCAACCUCCCUGAGCCAUCCCUCCUGCACCUGGGGGACCACGAAGCUGGCUACCACUCGCUGUGUCACAGCCUCACGCCCAACGGACUGCUCCCUGCCUACUCCUACCAGGCCAUGGACCUCCCAGCCAUCAUGGUGUCCAACAUGCUGGCCCAGGACAGCCACCUGCUGUCGGGCCAGCUGCCAACGAUCCAGGAGAUGGUCCACUCGGAAGUUGCCGCCUACGACUCGGGCCGGCCAGGGCCCCUGCUGGGCCGCCCAGCGAUGCUGGCCAGCCACAUGAGCGCCCUCAGCCAGUCCCAGCUCAUCUCUCAGAUGGGCAUCCGGAGUGGCAUCGCCCACAGCUCCCCGUCCCCCCCAGGGAGCAAGUCAGCCACGCCUUCCCCCUCCAGUUCAACUCAGGAGGAGGAAUCAGAAGCGCAUCUCAAGCAGACACUGUUGGUGCCGAAUACUGUUGUAAGCACAUCACCAGCAUUAACCCAUGGGAUCCUCAUGACGGCCCUGUGUGGUCAGGGCCAUUGUCCUCUCCGACUGACAGAUGGGAAAACCAAGGCCCCAGAGAGGUUACGUCAGUCUGGCUGCAGAGAGAGGCAGGAACAGAUGUCAGGAGAGAAGAGACCUUCAACUGACCCAGGAAAAAAGACCAAGAACCCAAAGAAGAAGAAGAAGAAGGACCCCAACGAGCCGCAGAAGCCUGUGUCAGCCUAUGCACUCUUCUUCAGAGACACUCAGGCUGCCAUCAAGGGACAGAACCCCAGUGCCACCUUCGGGGAUGUGUCCAAAAUCGUGGCCUCCAUGUGGGACAGCUUGGGAGAGGAGCAGAAGCAGGCCUACAAGAGAAAGACCGAAGCGGCAAAGAAGGAGUAUCUGAAGGCUCUGGCGGCCUACAGGGCUAGCCUCGUCUCCAAGAGCUCUCCAGAGCAGGGUGAGACCAAGGGCACUCAGGCAAACCCGCCGGCCAAAAUGCUGCCACCCAAGCAGCCCAUGUAUGCCAUGCCGGGCCUGGCCUCCUUCCUGACGCCGUCGGACCUGCAGGCCUUCCGCAGCGGGGCCUCUCCGGCCAGCCUGGCCCGGACGCUGGGCUCCAAGUCCCUGCUGCCGGGCCUCAGCGCGUCCUCGCCGCCGCCACCCUCCUUCCCGCUCAGCCCCCCACUGCACCAGCAGCUGCCCCUGCCACCCCACGCCCAGGGCGCCCUCCUCAGUCCACCUGUCAGCAUGUCUCCAGGCCCCCAGGCUCCGGUCCUGCCCACUCCCAUGGCACUGCAGGUGCAACUGGCUAUGAGCCCCUCACCUCCAGGGCCUCAGGACUUCCCUCACAUCUCCGAGUUCCCCAGUGGUUCAGGCCCCCGCUCACCUGGCCCGUCCAACCCCCCGAGCAGCAGCGGGGACUGGGACAGCAGUUACCCCAGCGCGGAGUGUGGCGUCAGCACGUGCAGCCUGCUCCCCAGGGAUAAGUCGCUCUACCUCACCUAAUCCCGCCUCCCCUGUCCUCCCUGAGGCUUGCUGGAGGGGCACUGCUCAGAGCCUGAAGGGCCCACAGCAGGAGGGAACCCCGGGCAGGAAGCAGGAUGACCGGGAAGAAAGCAGUGACACCACGACGACGCCCCAGGGCCGAGUCUCCUCCUCGACCUCCCAGCAGACCCUGCACAGGCGGCCAGCCCGCCCGCCCGCCCGCCCACAGCACCCGCGGGAACCUCCUGCCCCCCCCCCACCUGCCUGCUCCAGGGCUACUGCGGACCCCGCCCCUCGCCCUGCACUCCGUGCUCCGUGUCUGGACGUCCGGCCCCAGCCCACGCUCCCGGGGCUCCCCCGCCCAGAGGGGCCGCCUUCUGACCGAAACGCACCCCAGAGGCAUGGGCCCGGCCACCUGGCCGAGGACAUGCGAAUGCGGCUUCACCGAGUGAACACAGAUCACCAAACCUCUAAACUGUUGGCUCCAUGUAAGUAGUUGCCUAAGUGUUUUAGAACCGUGCUGAAGACGUCGUCGUCGAUAAGAUGAUUUUGUGGGGGAGGGGAGUAGUUUCCUUUAAGGUGAAGAGCAUUUUAUAUGACCCCUUAGCACAUAUUUUUUUUUUUUAAGUUUUCUCUUGGGGAUGAGCACAAAAGCGGCUGCCGAACUGUGUUCGUCCCUGUAACAGGGAGAGCGGGACCGCUUAGAGCCACGCUUGGAGACGUUGCGCUUUUUUUUCUGGUUUUUAACCCCGUGUCUGUCUAUUUAAAAUUGCCAACAACGACUUUUGUCUAUUUAUGAAGCAAAGUUGAGAAGAGAAAUGCAGUGUAUCAUAACGUGUGUGUGAUUUUCGGGUUUGGUUUGGGUUUUGGUUCUUAACGUUGUUUGCAGCAGUUUCCUGGCCCUGGCAAGUGUCCGUCCCGGUGCCCAGUGCUUCUCUCGGUUUCUUUAUAAUAAAACUUCUGAA